GUCCUGAAAUACCAGGCCUUGAUGUGUGCUAAUGGCAUGAUAUGCCAAUUGGAUGGACCUUUUGAAGGCAACAGGCAUGACGCAGGUAUGCUGCACGUCAGCGGUCUUUACGAGAAGAUGGAGGCACUCUGCCAAGACCAGUCGUACGUCAUUUAUGGUGACCCUGCAUACCCCCUCAGACGUCACCUCCUCAAGCCGUAUGGAGGGGCCACGCUCCAGCAGCCACAAGUUGAUUUUAAUAAGGCUAUGAGCUCUGUGCGUCAAGCUGUCGAGUGGGGCUUCGGUAAAGUGGUCACAGAGUUUGCUUUUGUAGACUUCAAAAAAAAUCAAAAAAUGCUUCUGCAGCGGGUGCCGCAGAUGUAUAAAGUUGCAACCCUCCUCGCCAACUGCCAUACAUGCUUGUAUGGCAGUCAGGUCACGUCAUAUUUUCAUGUUGACGCACCUUCACUGGAGGAAUACCUGCAGCCUAGAGGGAGAAUGUAA